GUGUGUGCCCGGACGCCGCGGGAGCCAUGGCUUCGUUCGGGAAGCUGACGGAGUACUUCAGCCUGAGGAAGUCGAGGCCGGAGCUGCGCUCCCGGCGCUGGGGCCGGCGGAGCGGGAGCUGUUGCUGUAGUGUCGUGGAGUGCAGGUCUCUGGACAGAAAGCUGCAGCGGCCGCUCCUGGGCAAGUCCCGGACGCUGCCCAGCAUCCCACAGUCCCCGGUCCUGAGCAGGCUCCCCCUCCUCGACUCCACGGCCUACAGGGAGGAGAUGCCGGAGCAGAAGCCCUACAAGAAGUGCUCGGCCUCUGACCACCAGAAAGGCUGCACGGUCCCUUCAGCCGGGGAGGCCUGGCGGCUGGAGGAUGACUGCACGGACCCCCCCCGGGACCCCCAGCUGGGCACGGCGGUGGAGGACGCCCCGUUCAGCUACUUCCGCACCCGCUCCUUCUACAUGAGGAAGAGCCUGUCCGUGGACAACCACCUGGGCUCCCUCAGCUAUGCCGUGCACCCGGCAGAGACCAAGGCCGAGCGUGUCAAGACCAAGCUGCGGCGGCAAUUCAGCCUGGGGUCCGCAGACAAGAAGGACUUCUACCAGCCAAAGUCGGAGAGCAGCCUCGCUAGGUUUGCCCACCGCUUGUCGGUGAAGCAGAAGCAGGAGAAGAGAAGGAAAGCUGAGUAUGCCUCGGCCGAGCUGUCUGCAUUCCGGCCCAGGUCUCUGAGCAUUGAAUGGUCAUCCUCCCCUAAAAUGACGCAGCAGAUGCGGGACCUGCAGCUGGCACAGGCCAGGAAGCCGCCAGGCCCUUCCUCGCCCAACGCGGCCAAGAGGCUCUACCGGAACCUGUCGGGGAAAUUCCGCGUCAACUACAUGUCCUUCGACGAGGGCAGCCUGGUGGGACGGGGCGAGAAGGAGAAACUCCGCAAGUCCUACCUGUUCCAGAGCAAUGCUGCCCUCUUCGAGGCUGUGGAGCUGCAGGACCUCGACAGGGUCCAGGAGCUGCUGAAGCAGUAUAGCCCCGAGGAGCUGGACCUCAACACCCCCAACAGCGAGGGGCUCCUGCCCCUGGACAUCGCUAUCAUGACCAACAACACUCCCAUCGCCAGGGCCCUGCUGCAGGCGGGAGCAAAGGAGAGUCCACACUUCGUGAGCCUAGAGAGCCGCUCCCUGCACCUCUCCACGCUGGUGCGGGAGGCGGAGCAGCGUGUCAACGAGCUGACGGCGCAGGUGGUGAACGAGGCGCCCAACACCGACUGCUCCGAGAAGGAGAAGCAACUCAAGGCCUGGGAGUGGCGGUUCCGGCUUUACAAGCGCAUGAAGGCAGGGUUUGAGCAUGCCCGAGUGCCAGACGCCCCCACCAACGUCCACCUCUCGGUGGCCAGCAGCUCCUCGGUGCAGGUGACCUUCUGGGAGCCCCUGAGCGUCAACUCGGCCGUUGUCACCAAGUACAAAGUGGAGUGGAGCUGCUCCUCCACCUUCUCACCACCGCUGGGGGAGGCUGUGGUUGACAAGCUGAAGAACCUGAACUUCACCAUCCAGGGGCUGGUGUCGGGCACAGCGUACUAUGUCCGGGUGUCUGCCUACAACAUGAAGGGCUGGGGUCCCCCCCAAGCCUCCGUGCCCCCGUGUGCCAUCCCUUCAAACUGGCGAGAGUACGACGGCCGGGCCCCGCGGCGGAGGGGACAGGCUGAAGCUCUGGACCAUCUUCUGGGCCAGGUGAAGACCGUCCACCAGCACUGCAUUUGCCACGAGCCCUGCAAGAACCAGCCCCAGAGCAGAAAGCACUCGGUCUCCAAGAGCCUCAAGCACCUCUUCCACCCUGGCAGCAAGUUUCUCAAGACGCUGAAGCGGGGCCUCUACCUGACAGCCAUCUUCUACAAGGAUGACAACAUCCUGGUGACCCACGAAGACCAGAUCCCUGUGGUGGAGAUUGAUGACACCUACUCCUGCCUGCUCAUGCAAGAUUUUCUCUGGUUCACCAAGGUGUCGUGCAUGUGGGAUGAGAUCCUGUGGCUGCGGCAGUGUGUCACCGUGUCCCAGUCAUCCUGCUCCUGCAUCCUGCAGACACGCUUCAAGAUGCUGCUGGCCAUCUCACAGAUGCAGGGGCUGCUGGGCAUUCAGGACCUGGGCCAGAUCUUCUUUGAGCCCGUCAAAGACAAGCAGGGCAACAUCCUCAUCGUCACCCUGAAGGAGGUGAAGACCAACCAGACGUUCGAGAGUGUCCGCUGGGUUCCUAUCUGCAAGCUGCAGACCAGCCGCAAGUCCGUGUCCUCCCCGGAGGAGCCCACAGCUCUGGACACACUGCUGAUCUCCAUCCAGGACAAGCUGGCUUACCACCAGAGGAGCAGCCAUGCCCUCUCCCCGGGCCUCUACCUGGGCUACUUGAAGCUCUGCAGUGCCGUGGAUCAGAUCCGAGUGCUGGUACCGGAGCAGCUCCCCAACAUCCUGUGCCACGUCAAGAUUCGCUCCAACCCCAACAUCUCCAGGGAGGAGUGGGAAUGGCUGCAGAAAAUGGCCAGCGUGGAGGAGUCAAUUCCUGCAGAGCCAGAGGCUGACACCUCCCAGAACCCCUUGUUUCAUGAGCUCCAAGUGGCCAUCAAGGAGCUGAUGACCCUGGUCAACAUCCCGUUGCAAGAGGCCAAAGAUUUCCGUCUGUACAGCCAAGAAGUGCUGGACUUUGGGGAUCAGGUCUCCUUCCUGCUGCUGCUGCCUCCAUCAGACGAUGUCUGCACUGCUCCAGGCCAGAACAACCCCUACACCCCUCGCUCUGGCUUCCUCACGCUGCCGCUGCAGAUCUUCGAGCUGGUCCACUUCUUCACGUACGACCGUGAGUUCAUCACCCAGUACUGCCAGGUGUCUGCCCUCCUGGAGCUGGAGUCGCUCCUCUCCCAGCAGAGCCUCAGGGAGGCUUUCUCUGACGCUGAGCUUUCCACCGCCAAGCAGAGGCACCAACAGGUUCAGGACUACAUCCAGCAAAUGGAGGAGAUCUGGCGGGAGAUGCGCUGGAUCAUGGACGCCCUGCAGCACGCCCGCUACAAGCAGCCCUCCUGUGGGGUGUCUCUCAGCGGUUUCCUCAGCGAGGCUGGGGGGGCAAUGAAGGAGAAAACCCGAUCCUCCUCGUCCCACCUCGACUACCUUCCCUCCCCGGUGCCCUCGCCAGAGACCAGCCGCAAGCUCAACUCUGACUCUCACGGGCUGUCGGAUGAGGAAGGCUCAUCGGAGGUGUUCCUGGCCACCGACAGCGACUACGAUUCCAGCCGGGCUCAGAGCCCGAAGGAGCUCGACCUGGUGUACUCACCCUCAGGGCCCGAGUGCUGCAGCCGGAGAGCCAUCCGCACUCUGCGGGACAGCGCCCCGGAUGUCCUGCAGACCCACGAGCUCAAGACCCCACCACCACCACCACCGCCACCGCCCGAGGAGCACCGGCCACCCCCUGAGCUCUACGACAGCGACUUCGUCCUGCCCAGCCGGCAGAUUGAGCUGCUGCGUAUCACAGAGAAGAGACAGGCAUACUGUGUCCGGACCAGCAGCCUGGACUUCCCCAAACCCCACUGCCAGGCCCCCAGAAAGUCCUGCCCUGGCUCUGUCAACAGCUCCCCGACAGAGAGCAGGACCACAGGCCACUGUGACCAGCUCAGGCUGGGGACUGGCUCCACGCCCAGCCCUGAGCGCCGCCGGGGCGGGCAGGGCUCUGAGCCUGUCUGCCGGACGCGCUCGGAUGAGUGGACUCAGAACUUUCCAGAACAGCAGCCAGAGCAGCCAGGGUGCUUGGCCGACCAAGGGAAGAAGCCGGGCUCUGUCACCUUGCGGGUCUGCCCUCAGUAUGAAACAGGACUCUCCAAAGAGACCAGUGUCAAGCUGCACAUCACCAGCCAGACAUCCGCCGGGGAGGUGGUGAAGUUGGUGGUGCUGGAGAUGAAUGACAUCUCCCGGGGCGUGCUGGGCAGCUCGGCCGCCGUCUGCUACGGCGAGGAGCAGCUGGAGCACUUCGGACUGGUGUUCGCCUCCGACGAGAGCGAGCGGUGGCUUCCCGAUGACUUCUUGCCUCUGUCCCUCCAAACCAGCCGGCCCGAGGGGCAGUUCUACGUCCGGAUCAAGGAGACCUCCCCUCUGGUGCUCCAGUACGGGCCGGCGACCACCGUAUGAGAGGAGGAGAGCCGACGGGGCAGCGCGGGAACCUCAGCUUCCAGAGCAGACAGCUCGUCUCUGAUGCUUCCUUCUUCCACAGACACCCUCUCAUCAGGCGUCCGCAGGGUGGAAUGGGAUCAUACUGGGCUGUGUGUUAUUUGUUUGUGUUAUUUUUUUAAUUUUUUUUUUUUUUUAACCAAAGAGGCAUCGAGACUCAGUUUUUCUGACAGGGGAAGAGGAGGGUGGAGUGCAGAGACCUCAGAACUCGGGAGGAAUCUCUGCAGGAAUGGAAUUUUUGAAAGUAAACAUUUUUAAGGAGGAAGAGGGGGGAGAAAGAGAGGAAAAAUAUUACAAGAAGAAGAAGCAAUACCUUUUUUAUGCCCUUUCUUCUUUUUCUGAAAAACCUUGUUUGGGAUUCACUGAAGGCAAAACCACAAAGGAUUGCUGGGGAGGGCUGGAGUGUCAGUAAGGAGAGGGCACGAGCCACAAGGCCAGCCCUGGGAAGGGUAUUUUCCUAUCUGCCCUCCUUUCAUUGCACCUGGAGAAAUGAUUCUCACACAUAGUUCUUGGAACAAAAUUAUAUUAUUAUUUUUAUUCUGGAAAAGUCAAUAAUCAUUGUGCCAGAGCCACUGGAAUUGGGGAAGAGGUAAAGACCCUUUGACUUGUUUCCAAGGACCCCACGCUCAUGCAGACGUGUCAAUACCACUAGAGGUUUGCUUUAGGGCAUCUCCUGCAACCCCCUGGGCUUCCCUGUCCUCCUGGGUGCUGUUUUGUUCUGGUGAUUGUGCUUGGCCUCUCUUGUACGUCCUACAGCAUGACAUUUUGUUAGCCACUAGGUCUCCUUUUACCAAGGUUAUUUUUCUGAUCUCCUGUGGUCCAUAGUAAAAAUGACUGCUGCUGACUGCA